AAAAGCAAACUGCAGUCUCAUAAUCUUUCAGUUGCACAGCGCGAGUUGAACAGGUGAUAGCUAACAGGUGAGCGCCCAACAUGACUCGUGCCUUACUUAUCGCUGUGUGCCUUUCGCUGCUCUUCACUCUGGGGGCAGCCAAUUAUGACUACAAUUCAACAGAAGUAUUACGACUGGGCUAUAAUCCCACCUAUGAUCUGUGGUACUUCAACCCCAGAGGUAGACCAAGGGAAAUUACUGAAACAGUCAAAGCUGCCUACAUGCAACAAAAACCUGGCGGCGUUUGUUAUGUGGAGCCCGAUACGUGGCUAUACUGUAGAACACUUGAGCCGAUAAACCAAGAGUGAUAUUCCGCAUUAUAAUCAAGUAUUACUCACAGACAUUGUGCUUAAACUUAAUAAAUUGUUUGUUCCAUUAAAUAUACCUGA